GACAUCAUCCUGCGGUGGAGUCUUGAUGAUGUCACUCAAAAAGCCACGCCUCUCCCAAGCGCAGCAACCGGAAAAUACCCAUUGGCUAAGGAAUGUGGCGACGUUAAGAUUGAUUCAAUUGAAGUCAGCAAAUCAUGGCUGGCUUCAGGCAGGAGGAUGUGGAGCUGUACUAUGAAAUGGGAGAGGAGUUAGGAAGUGGUCAGUUUGCCAUUGUGCGUAAAUGUAAAGAAAAGAGCAGUGGAACAGAAUAUGCCGCCAAGUUUAUCAAAAAGAGACGGCUGUCAUCCAGUCGGCGAGGCGUGAGCCGAGAAGAGAUUGAGCGAGAGGUCAACAUCCUUCGAGAAAUCCAACACAGCAACAUCAUCACUCUCCACGACAUCUUUGAGAACAAAACUGAUGUGAUCCUGAUUCUGGAGCUGGUGUCUGGAGGGGAGCUUUUUGACUUUCUGGCUGAGAAGGAGUCACUGACUGAGGAGGAGGCCACGCAGUUCCUCAAGCAGAUCCUGGAUGGAGUUCACUACCUUCAUUCUAAACGCAUAGCACACUUUGACUUGAAGCCUGAGAACAUAAUGCUGCUGGAUAAAAAUGUGCCAAACCCCAGAAUAAAGCUGAUAGAUUUUGGAAUUGCGCAUCAGAUUAAGCAUGGAAAUGAAUUUAAAAACAUCUUUGGAACUCCUGAGUUUGUUGCACCAGAAAUUGUGAAUUAUGAGCCUCUUGGUCUGGAGGCAGAUAUGUGGAGCAUUGGAGUUAUCACAUAUAUACUUCUGAGUGGCGCUUCUCCGUUUCUUGGUGAGACCAAACAAGAAACACUUACCAACAUUUCAGCUGUCAACUAUGACUUUGAUGAAGAAUAUUUCAGCAACACAAGUGAGCUCGCCAAGGACUUCAUUCGCCGACUGCUGGUCAAGGAUCCUAAGAGGAGAAUGACAAUCGAGGACAGUCUCCAGCACCCCUGGAUUAAGGUGAUUAAGAGGCGUAACGUUCGACCUGAAGAGAGCGAGCGCAAGACAGAGCGCAGACGUCUGAAGACCACCCGUCUGAAGGAGUACACCAUCAAAUCCCACUCCAGCAUGCCUCCCAACAACACCUACAUCAACUUCGAGCGCUUCUCCCAGGUCAUGGAGGAGAUCGCUGCGGCCGAGGACGGCCUGCGAGAGCUGGAGAAGAACCAGCGCUCCUGUGCUGAGGACGUGGCCGCUCUGCUCUCCAUCUAUGAGGAGAAAGAAGGCUGGUACAAGGAAGAGAACGAAAGCAUCGCUGCAGACCUGAGUCAAAUCAAACAAGAGCUGCAAAGAGCACAAUCCCUGCGCAGACAGAGCCAAGAAGAGGCCCGUGCCGCCAUGCUGUCAGCCAAUGCCCUCAAACGCAAAUUUGGCCGCUUGGAGAACCGCUACGAAGUGCUUGCAGAGCAGAUGGUCUCUGAAGUGCGCUGGGUGGAAGAACUAGUGCGCUCGAUUUCAGCUGAAAACGACACUCGCAGCACCAGCAUGGCUUGAGCUGCUUUGUUUGCUUUCUGAACGCUAUCUAAUAUAUUCGCUUGGUAUGUGCAAGGCAGAUAUAGAGUAUUACACUUUGCAAUAAGCUUCACGUAAGCCUGUAGAGUUCAUGUUGCUUCUAGACCAAAAGCAAUGCAAGAUGGUAUUUUCUAUAAAUGUUGAGUAAGGGUGUGCAUGCGUCAUGUGAUGCCAGUCUGUUACAGCUGAAGCAAGCAUUUCGUAUUUUUAAAAGUCACCUCAAAAUGAUAUAUGCUGGAUUGGUAAGAGUUUAUUUACAAUUCUAUUACAGCACUCAGAGUAAAGCAUAUUUUUAAUGUACAUUGUCAGUAAUGCACUACACAGUCCUCUAUGAGGAAUCGAAGAAUCUCAAGAUGCCAGUUGCUUUUGUUGCACUGCAUAUACGCUUUUCCUGUGCAAGCGAAUUCUAAUUUUAUGAUAUGUGACAAAGGAAAUGACUUCUACAUUAAAUGCUGUCUUGAAUGGUCUGUACAUACAGUUGAGGUCAAAAGUUUACAUACACCUUGCAGAAUCUGCAAAAUGUUAAUUGUUCGACCAAAAUAGGAUUGAUUAUACAAACAAGAACAAGAUAUUUCACAUAAAAUACGUUUACAUAUAGUCCACAAGAGAAAAUAAUAGUUGAAUUUAUAUUUAUUUUACUUAAGUAAGUAGCUUCUAAAGGGCAGUACUAAAUGGAAAAAACAUGAUAUUUAGACAAAAUAAGAAAAAUGUACACAUCCUCAUUCCGUUCAAAAGUUUUCACCCCCCAGUUCUUAAUGCGUCAUCUUUUCCUUCUGAAGAAUCAAUGGGCAUUUGAAAGUUCUGUAAUAGUUGCAUAUGAGUCCCUCAGUUGUUCUAAGUGUGAAAAGAUGGCUCUCAGAAUCAUACAGUCAUUGUUGGAAAGGGUUUAAAUACACUAAAAAACGUUUUGCAGAUUCUGAAAGGUGUAUGUGAACUUUUGACCUCAACAUAUAUAUACAUAUACAUAUAUACAUAAAAUACUCUGCUAAAUAAGCUGCUUCUGUAUCUAUGAAUAUGAUGAUUUAAAGAGAUAGUUCACCUAAAACCCUCAUAACAUUCCAGAAGAGUUGAAACAUUCAUGUUCCACAGAAAAAUAAUGUAUUGACGUAUGGAAUGACAUCAGGGUGAGUAAACAAUGAGUUUUUAUUUUUCUGGGUGAACUAUUGGUUUAAUGCUUUUCUUUUGUUCAAAACACACACUUCAGACAUUCCAUUUUUUGUAUGACAUUCCAUAUGCGAGUGAGCAUCGGUAUCUGGAAAUGACUGCGCUCGUUCAUAGCAAUAUUCAUAUCUGUUGUUCACAGUACUGUACCUCUUAUGUUGUUUUAUUUACAAUGAGUUUAUAUAUACAUCAUAAAAGUCCAUUCAAUAAAAGAAUUGAAGAAGA